GAGCUUUAUCUGUAACCACCACCUUGACUGGAUUCGUAUAACCCCAUCAUAUAAUCGCUCUUUUACUCAGGAUCAACGGGCCAACAUGGCUGCGUUCUCUAUUUUUCGAUUUUUCCGCUUUCUGAGGGCAAUAUUUGCCCCGAUGGCACUAGUUAUUGGCUUCUCUUGCUUGUUGACCUUCAUAUUUAUUUUAUACCAGCCAACUACAGGACCAGGAGAAAUACAGCGGCUAGGAUGGCAAUCAUGGGAUGUUAUCUCUAUGACGGACUACGAACAACUGCCUACAGACAGUAGCUCGACACCGGGUCAAGUUUCUGGCGUGGACUGGUGGAACGUCUCGACUUCUCAGGACCAAACAGCUGACGGUGGCAGUCUACCAUUGGAUGUAUGGGCGCCAUUGCUUCCACAUGAUACUGGCCUAAAAGUCUCUGAGAUCGCCGUCACCCGGUGCAUGUUCCCACCCGACCUUGUUGGCGAUAUAUGCGCACCUUCUACAACCAUAGAGCAAGAUGCUAUCAAGGGUAAAUGGGUCCGUGUAGAGCGAGACCUUAACAAGCAGUCUGGCCUUUGGUCUCUGAACAUUUACUAUAGACGCACACGCCGUCUUGACAUCCCUCUGGUUACUGACUUCCAGCUCCUUCCAGCUGGCGAAUCACCCACCCCCCUGACGGACCCCUGGGUCAAGGUAGAUCACUCUGUCAGAGAUGGUGUCAUGCGCACAGACCCAAUCUAUUUGUGGUAUCGUACUGGAAAGACUUUGCGUGAGAUGUCAGCAGAGGAGAAACAACAACUUGUCACUGAAGUAGAUGUUCUAUAUGGGGAAGACAGACCUUGGUAUGGCUUCGAGAAGCUCGAACCUGCUAUUACACCAGAGCAAGAAGGUCGACUUGAGAGCGUCUGGAUGACAUAUCGUAGAGGCGUGAAGCCCGUCCCGAAAGCUCCUCCGCUCCAUUUUUCAAAAGAUGGGAGGUUCAAGGUUCUUCAAAUUGCCGACUUGCAUUACUCUGUUUCUCGUGGAAGUUGUAGAGAUACAACGAUUGAACCAUGCGCCAGCUCCGACAAUCUGACCAAUACACUCCUUGGUCAGGUUAUAGACGAAGAAAAGCCAGAUCUCGUCGUAUUUUCAGGGGAUCAGCUGAAUGGUCAAGGAACCUCAUGGGAUCCAAAGUCUGUUCUAGCCAAAUUCGCCACUGCAGUAACGGACCGAGGCAUCCCAUGGGCGGCAAUAUUUGGGAAUCACGACGAGGAAAAUGGUGAUGUGAAGGAGGAGCAAGUUAGGAUGAUGCAGGCACUGCCAUAUAGCCUUGUUGAGAGAGGUCCAAAGGACAUACAUGGAGUUGGCAAUUAUGUCCUCAAAGUUAAAAGUGCCGAUGCAUCAAUGACACACCUACUGACUCUGUACUUCCUGGACUCUGGAUCAUAUUCGAAGGGAUACUUGGAUUGGUUCGGCUUCUUUACACCGACGGAGUAUGACUGGAUACAUGAAGACCAAGUGGACUGGUUCCUGCAACAGUCUGGUACCAUCGAUGCAAUUGAGCGUCCAUUCACACCAGAUACAACCAACGACUUCGAUGGCAUCUGGGAACGCCAAUCUGACCAGCUGACACCAGAAACUCGUAAGCUUGCAAAACCCAAUGCAAUGGUGUUUUUCCAUAUACCUUUGCAAGAGUCGUACUCCACUCCUGACAGGGACACUCGUACAGGCCAGCUAUUGGAUUAUGGAUUGCAUGGGCUCGAGGGACCUGGUGCUGCCAAGAAGAGCGAUGGCUUCUUCGAGAAGGGUUUGUUGACAGCUCUGGAGAGUGAUCACCGAGCUAGUGCAAGUAUUCCUGAAGUUAAGGUCGUCGGGAAUGGUCACUGUCACAUUACCGAGGAUUGCAAGCGGGUGAAAGAUGUCUGGUUAUGCUUUGGAGGUGGAGGAUCAUAUUCAGGAUACGGGAAAGUUGGAUUCGACCGAAGGUUCCGUGUAUAUGAGGUUUCAGACUAUGGAGAGACCAUCCGCACCUACAAACGCACAGAGAAUAAUGUGAUCCUCAAUGACAUAGUGCUUGCUGGUCGGGGAGCUCCACCACUAAACAGCGAAAUGCCGAGGUAGACAGGAGAGACCAGUUUUUGUAUUAUUACCAGAGAUCAAGUAUUUUGGAAUGCAUAUAUGGAAGUUUUAAAA